AUUCAAAGAAAUGUUACAUGGACCACGUUUGCGACAUUUUUAAUUGAGCGCAAUCGCACGAAAAUUUAAUUAGUUACUGUUCCAUCCAAACGUGCACGUGUGCUUAUGGGUGCAUGUGCAAGUGUGCUUAUAUCAUUCAAAAAAUACACUUUUAAGCGACCGGCACAACUCCGUACGCACGUAUGUAUGUACAUAUGUACAUAAGUAUGUAAGUCGGUCUGCUACGGUAAAUGUGGAUACUCUGACGUUGAAUUUCAUUUGAAGCCAAAUUUAAACUUCAGUCGUUGUUAAGAUGUUGACGCCAUCGCACAUACUGUCGCGGAAAUAAAUAUUUAAAAGUGCCGUCUCAUUUCAAGCAUACAUACAUAUAUGAGUUCGAUAACAUUGAAGAGAAAAUUACUAUUAGAUACAACCAUACUAAACAGCCCAUUUUUGCAAUCCUGAAUAUUGCCAAUAUCAACACACGUAACAUAAAACGAUUUAUAGUUUGAGGUGUCUUUAAGCGCAAUCAGAAGAUUUUCUCUCAUUACCUAUUUUUGAAAAUCUUCAUUCAUAUUUCGAAAAUUUACCCCGCAAACCGGGGUUGCGAUUUUAAGUUAAUAGAAUACAAAACUAAAGAGGCUAAUUAAAGGAAAGAAGCAUUAAAAUGUUUGGCGCUAGCUCCACGUCUCAGCAGCGGCUUCUUCACAUGGAUAACCCUCUCUACGCAAUCCUGCAAUUCAUCUGGGAUUUACUCGUGUUUCUCGCAAAAACCAUCUUGUUUACCACCCAAACCAUAUAUUAUUCACUACUUCCAAAUUAUUUGAGGAAAAUGAAGAAUGUUUCAGGACAAGUAGUACUGAUCACUGGCGGUGGAGGAGGAGUAGGACGCUUGUUGUCCCUGAACUUUGCCAAACAAAAUGCUCGUGUGGUCAUAUGGGACAUCAACCAAGAAGCUAUCAAAACUACCAUGGAUUUACUCGCCCGAAAUGGGUAUACCUGUAAAGGAUAUGUAGUUGAUAUAUCUGACCGUGACCAAGUGUAUGAGCGAGCGGCACAAACUAUUAACGAAAUAGGUAAUAUCGAUAUACUAUGCAAUAAUGCUGGUGUCGUUUGCUGCCGUCCAUUCUGGGACUUACCUGAUCGUGUUAUACAGAAUACAUACAACAUUAACAUAAUUUCCCACUAUUGGACAGUGAAAGCUUUUCUUCCGCAAAUGAUGCAAAAUAACAGGGGUCACAUUGUGACUGUGGGUUCAGUGACUGGCAUGUUAGGCACUUACGGUUGUAGUGAUUAUAGUGCAACAAAAUUUGCCUGCGUUGGAUUUCAUGAAAGCCUCUUAACCGAUUUAAAAACACACGGAUAUGAUGGCAUACACAUGACAUUGAUUUGUCCUUAUUAUAUCAAUACCGGUAUGUUCUCAGGCGUACGACCACGAAUGUUUCCAAUGUUGCAUCCACAGUAUGUUGCUGACCGCAUACUUGAAGCUAUUCGAAAGAACGAAGUAUGGUGCGUGCUACCUCAUACUAUACGGAUACUUACUCCACUGAAAUGUCUAUUGCCCGCGAAAGUGUGCUGGGAACUAAUGUCAAGGGUUAUCCGUGGGCCAGAAUCAAUGAUGAUGUUUCAAGGGCGGGGCAGAGUUCCCGCAGGUUAAGAUAAUAGCGGAAUAUAGCGAUUUAUGUUUAAAAUUACGAUGGUCAUGUUCUCAUUAGAUCCAUUUUGAAAUCAACAUAUUAAUAAUUCUUAUUUAUUUUACUUUUGCAAGGAUGGUUAGCAGCCCUCGAUUAUGUCGAUUAUUAAUAUUGCUUUGCAGUCGAAGGAGUUUUUCAACAAACAAUUUUAUUUUAUUUAAAAUUUUUGUUGAAAAGGUAUAUGUAUGAAUGCUUUUAUGUUUUUUCUAUAUUUCAAAACCAUCGCAAAUGCACAAAAACAAUUAGCAAAUUAAAGAAUGUUUAAUCUGUACACGAUUAGCAUAUGUUAUAAUUAUUUGGUAUUUAUAUUUAAUAAAGAAAAAACUAUAGUGGCCCAAAAUACAAACGCAAUUACCAAAUCUAGUGGAAUAUUUGGUGCAUAUGAAAAACACAUUAUUAAAAAAAU